AUUUCAGUUUGUAUAAACCCAACUUUGAGUGUGAAAGCCAUGAAUGAAUUGCUCUCUCAAGCCAAAGCCCAACAAAUUCCUCAUCAUUUUCCACUUUCUGAUGAUACUCUAGCAGAAACUAUUAUUCAACCACACUUCCUAAGUGAAGCAGUAUUUGCAGGAGGUAGUUUCUGGUAUCUUGAAGCUGCUUUUGGUCGUGUUUAUGGAGUCGUCAAAACAGCUACAGGUUACUGUGGAGGAACCUGGAAAAAACCCACGUACAGUGAGGUUUGUGAAGGUAGAACUGGCCAUACUGAAGCUGUAAAAGUCAUAUUUGAUAACACAAGAGUCUCAUACAGAUUCUUGUGUGAUAUCUUCUGGGACUCCCAUGAUCCUACCAACAAGGAUUAUCUUAAUUUUUGUUUAAGCACGCACUACAGAUCUGCCAUCUUUUACUGCAAUGAGGAAGAGAGGAAGCAGGCACAGCAGUCGAAGAUCAGACGGCAGAUGAAGCUGAACAAGAGAAUCGUUACGAAAAUUGUACCAUUGGAAUCCAUUUUUUACUUUGCAGAAAACCAACAUCAGAAAUACUAUUUGCAGAAGAGAUAUAGGGUGUGUGAAAGCCUGAGUCUCAGAAGCACAGAGCAGUUCGUAGAGUCAAACAUGGCCUGCAAACUCAACGGGAUUCUUGGUUUGGAUGGGGAAAUGAUUGUUGAUAAACUGACAGCCUUUUUAGAAACUAAUGAGCUUCCAAAGCAAACCAAGUCAGCCUGUGCAGAAAUAGUUGAGGAUCUGAGUAAAAAUUGAUGAAGAGGAAGAAGUUUACACGUCCAAUCAUAUACUCAUAAUAUAAUUUGUUGGCAAAGUUUAUUAUGAUUUUGUGAGACACAGUAUAAUUGUGGAAUAUAAGGUUAAUAAUAUAUAAAUAUAUGCUUGUAACUUCUGUUGAUCAACAGAGAGAUUUAUGUUUCUAAUCUUAAAAAUAGCUACAUGUCGUGUACUUC